UGGUACCCAUAGCAAUCAGUUCUUGCACGAUGAUGGUAGACCUGACAGAAACGAUGUUGGAAUUCGGAACUGUUACAAUGGUCGCUCGUUAAUGGAUAUAUACACCGGCAAUCACCAUAACCAGCACACAGAUUCUGUUUCCAUGGGAUUGUUCCUGGACAUGUGUCCCGCCAUUCUGGACCAACUUAUACACGGUGCUACAGAUUGCUGGAGACUUUCCACCGAGCCUCAUCUCACGACACCUGCUGCAAUACCGACAUUUUCAGUGUCUAAAACGACGAUUUCAAAUGAAACAUUAUCAAAAAAUACUUCGAGGAAAUCAAAAGAAAAUAGCUACAUUUUUGGAUCUCUUUCCACACUUGUCAUCAGUCUGUUCAGCAUGUUCGGUGCCGUUUUCAUGAAACUGACGAGGGUCAACAUCCGCGCCUAUCUCAUGGCCUUUAUGCUGUCCCUCGCCGUUGGUUGCCUUGUUGCAGAUGCUGGUUUGCAUUUACUACCCGAGAUACUAGCGGAAGAGAAAGAGGAGGAAAAUGAUGGUGAACAUGAUGAGCUACUUGCCGCGCCCCUCAAGAAAAUGUGUGCCUUCUUGGCUAGUAUCUAUGCCUUCUUUAUCUUGGAGCUCAUGUUGUCAACAAAGCACGAGCAUAGUCACUCUGACCAGAACGGUACAGUUGCAGAACAACAGAUCGUGUUGAAGAGCGUAAAUCCAGUGAAUGAUAUCAACAUUAAGAACCUAACUGUGCGCAACAAGCUUAACAACCUCGAGCAAGACGGCUCACAACGCUCCGUAACUCACCACAGUCCUGUGCUUUCUGCGAAGCAGACAAACCAAACCCAUCAAGGCCAACCACAAGCCUGCGGUCGCACAAGCAGCCUAGAUGACCCACGCUGUAACUCUGUCAGUGCCGCAAACUCGAAUGCUAGCGACCGAAUCAGUGUGCAUGACACGCCAUCUAACAUUAAAGCUCUUGCGUGGAUGAUAAUCAUCGGUGAUGGCAUCCACAACUUUGCGGACGGUCUCGCCAUUGGUGCUGCUUAUGCUGUGACCUUCACCAAAGGUCUCUCCAUCUCUAUCACCGUGCUCUGUCACGAGGUGCCACACGAACUAGGUGACUUUGCUGUUCUCAUAUCAACGGGUAUGUCAAUCAAGAAGGCGUUGGUACUGAACUUCCUAUCGAGCCUGACGGCAUUUGCAGGCCUCUAUAUCGGACUGGCAUUAGGGGCACAGGAGGAGACGUCUAAAUGGAUUUUCUCCGUGGGUGCCGGCAUGUUUCUCUAUGUCGCUUUGACCGACUUAAUACCAGAAUGCAAGGAAAUCUACAAGAAAACACCAACCGUAAAAAUGUUUGUGACGGAAAACCUAGGGCUGCUUUUUGGCUUCGCCACCAUGUUGCUGCUAGCAAUGUACGAAGACAGCAUGAAAAUUGACAUUUAGUGGAAAUACAUGAAAUACUGAAUAGUAAUGCAAACGAGCUGUAAACGGCCUCACAGAAGCGUAUCAACGGUACUUCCCAUAAAAAGAUACAUAUGUAAACACACAUUUCCCCUUUUACUGAUAUAUUAUUACAUGUACUAGAAAAAGUAAUGUCGACGCGCUGACACAAUCAUUUUGCCACGUUAAUACACCUAUUAAAAUAUCUUAUUGAAAAAUGCAAUAUUCGGUGUCGAAACACCUAUCUAUAUUUAAGAAUGCCACAUUGGAAAGAUCAUUAUCCAAAACAUGUAGCACGCAACAUGUUCCUGCUUUAAAUAAAUAAGAUUUGCGACGAUUUAGCAAGUUUUUUUUGUUCAAUUUUGAUUUCAAACAUCACUUCCUUUAAUAUUUUGGUUUGUUUCUUUUUUCUGAGUUUUUAGGUUUAAUGAACGCGUGUCAAUGAGUGCAAUACCUUUAUGAGUGAUUUGCUACGUUAUUAUAAAUAUUAUUAUUUUAUUCAGAGAAAGAUUGCAACAGUGAAAUGAAAUGGCACACUGCAUUUUCAAUGAAUGUUAGCAUCACUAAGUCAAUACAACUUUAUUUCUUUACUAAAGCACAAUUUAAACAAUUUAGUAAAUGUGUUAUAUAUAAAACCUUGAUACAUGAAUACAUGGAAUUGAAUCAAAUUUGAUUGCUUUAUUAUUGACCAAACAACGAUAUCAUUAAAAUUGAUUCAUCGAUAUACCGAAAGAAUAGACGCAGCUUUUUUGUUCUAAAUAAGGCUGGAAGAAAUUGUAGUUCGCUGAAAUCUGAUGUUUAAAAUAUAAAACGUUUGAAUUAAGUGCGUACUCUUCAACACAUUACAUAAUAUUAAAACAAAAACCAUAUCAUUUUGAAUAUUAUCAAAGUACACGAUUAUUUUUAAAUCUUAAAUUUGAAAACAUAAUUAUACUUAAUCAGUCGUUAUUUGCAAAUGCAAGAAGAUCAUUUGUAUCUGUAUAAAACAUAGUGCAACCCUGUGCAUUUGUUUCAUUGACCUAUAUAUAGGUUGAUUUUAAUUGUUCACAAUCAUGAUCUAGAGUUUUGUUUUUAUAAUCUUAUUUAUUUGCGUAAUAAUUUUUUUUUCGAAUUGUCAACGUUAAUCAUUCUUCAUAUUAAAUUCAUUACUAUUAUACUUGUUCAAUGUAAUAAAAUGUUUUCUAUACAUAUUUUAUGAUUAGUUAAUUUAAAUUAUAUAAUUGCAUGUACUGGUGUAAGGAUUUAUUGUUAGCAGUAUGCCUUGGAAUGUAUAGGAAGCGCAUGUAUUUAUGUGUAUUUUUUAAAUAUGCACAUGUAUAUCUGUAUGCAUUAAUAUUGAAGGAAUUGUAGCAGGCACACUGUGCAUACGUUCCUAUAUAUAUACAUGUAUUUAAAAACGUUUGUUAUA